CACCUCAUCAGCAAGCAAGCACCCACGCACCCCAAGCCAUCAGCAUCCCUCUUCCGGCGCCACGACCUCGCACGCCCGGCCUCAGCAUCAACCGCUCCACGGCCCUGAACCUUCUCCACUACCGUCACCAUGUCUGGCAGCGCGGGCUACGAUAGACAUAUCACCAUCUUCUCGGAUCAGGGGAGGCUUUACCAAGUCGAGUAUGCGUUCAAGGCGAUCACGGCAGCAAACAUCACGUCGGUAGGCGUGCGGGGCAAGAACUGUGCGGUUGUGCUGUCGCAGAAGAAGGUUCCCGACAAGCUCAUCGAUCCCGCCUCCGUGUCGUACGUCUUCAAGCUCUCGUCGUCCGUCGGCUGCGUCAUGACGGGGUCGAUUGCCGACGCGCGUGCGUCGGUUGUUAGGGCGCAGGGCGAGGCUGCCGAGUUCAGGUACAAGUACGGCUACGAGAUGCCGUGCGACGUGCUGGCGAAGCGGAUAGCGAACAUCAGCCAGGUGUACACACAGAGAGCAUACAUGCGCCCGCUCGGCGUCGCCACGACGCUCAUCUCGCUCGACUCGGAGUACGGCCCCCAGCUCUACAAGUGCGACCCCGCGGGCUACUACAUCGGAUACAAGGCGACGGCGUCCGGGCCCAAGACGCAGGAGGCGCUGAACUUCCUCGAGAAGAAGCUCAAGAACAAGGACCACGCCGAGGGCGAAUGGCAGGACGUGGUCGAGCUGGGCAUCCAGACGCUGAGCCAGGUGCUGAGCGUCGACUUCAAGAAGGGCGAGCUCGAGAUUGGCAUUGUGGGCGGCCCGCGCGCCGACGGCAACGAGGGCGCCAACGCCGAGUUCAGGGUCCUGACUGAGGACGAGAUCGACGAGCGGUUACAGGCGAUUGCGGACAAGGACUGAGUGGGUGGAAUGAUGCGGUCAUUGUCUACGCUGGGGGUUAGGACAUCUGACCUAAAGACGUAAUGUCAGGCUUUGCAUGAGCGGUGGGUGGGUUGUUAUGUAUGACUGAACAACAACGAACACCAUACCAAUGGAGCCCGAUAGCCUGGCAAGCAAGCAAGUGAAGCAAGACAUGAACUCAACUAACCACA